GGGUGACCUCGGCUUUGCAAGGGUUACAAGGCACUGAUCUACAUUCCUAGAGAGGACAGGCAAUACAGGAGGGGCAGGUCCUCCAGAGCAACAGCCCCUCCCCCUCUUCCCCGCUUCCUGCAAAGGGAGGCUGGUGGUUUUUGUCUGUGCGGAGCAAGCGCUGCCUCCGUGGCGCAUUCUGGGAUCUGGAUUUGCUAGCACCUCUCAUUAGGACAAGCAGAACUGGGCAGAAGACCAAAAGGUUCCUUCUGAUCUCUUGGAGGCUUCCUGAGAGCCCAGAUGGAUGAGCUAGACUCAGCUGGCCCUGAAGCAGGAAGAGGCCAUGCCAUCAAAACUGAGAGCAGUGGGGGAUUAUGGGAAAUCUCCAUUCAAAAGAUCCUGAGUGAGAAGGACACCCUCCACUCAGAUGUGCAGAGCCCGCGGUUCAGGCAAUUCUGCUACCAGGAGGCCGAAGGACCCCGAGAGGUUUGCAGCCGACUCUACCGCCUUUUCCGUCAGUGGCUGAAGCCAGAAAGGCACACGAAAGCUCAGAUGCUGGACCUGGUGAUCCUGGAGCAGUUCCUGGCUGUCCUUCCACCGGAGAUGGAGAACUGGGUGAGGGAAUGUGGAGCAGAGACCAGUUCCCAGGCAGUGGCCCUGGCCGAAGGAUUCCUCCUGAGUCAGGCAGAGGAGAGAAGCCAGUCAAAGCAGCAGGGAAUGGUGAUCUUUGCAGAAAUGGGUCCUGAUUCCUCUGAGGCAGAGAGGACUGCAUUGGGCACCAGAGAGACACCCCUAGGUGACAGAAGGAUGCUGGCAAGACCUGGUUAUCCAUCUUUUCUUGGUGGCGGAGGAGUAGCAGCAGCUGUGGAACCAGAUCAGGGUCCAAUGUGCUUUGAAGAUGUAGCCAUUCAUUUCACAGAUGAGGAAUGGGCAUUGCUGCAACCUGACCAGAGAGCUCUGCAUAAGGAAGUCAUGGAGGAGAAUCGUGGCAUCAUGGACUCGCUUGGUAAUGAUGAUUUGGAAAUUAAGAACAAGGGAGACCAAGACAUCAUCCACACAGUGGAAAAGCCGUAUCAAUACUCAGAGUGUGGAGAGAGCUACAGUCAGAGUUCCCAUUCCACUUCCCAUCAAAUAAAUCCCAUUUGGAAGAAGCUCUAUCAGUGUUUGGAAUGUGGAAAGAACUUCACUUGGAAGAAAAGUCUCAUGUCUCAUCAAAGAAUUCAUACAGGGGAGAAAUUAUAUUAUUGCUUGGAAUGUGGAAAGACCUUCAGCGAGAGGGGCAAGCUCAUGGCCCAUCAAAGAAUUCAUACAGCAGAGAAGCCCUAUCAGUGUUUGGAAUGUGGAAAAAGCUUCAGUGAGAAAGCCAAUCUCAUUUCCCAUCAAAGAAUCCAUACAGGGGAGAGACCAUAUCAGUGUUUGGAAUGUGGAAAGAGCUUCAGUCAGAGCACUCAUCUCACUUGCCAUCAAAGAAUCCACACUGGGGAGAAGCCCUAUCAGUGCUUGGAAUGUGGAAAAAGCUUCACCUGGAAGAAAAGUCUCACUUCCCAUCAAAGUAUUCAUACAGGGGAAAAGCCGUAUCUGUGCUUGGAAUGUGGAAAAAGCUUCAGUGAGAUGGGCAAGCUCACGGCCCAUCGAAGAAUUCACAACGGGGAAAAAGCAUAUCAGUGCUUGGAAUGUGGAAAGAGCUUCAAUAAAAGCGCCAAUCUCACAUCCCAUCAAAGAAUUCAUACAGGGGAGAAACCAUAUCAGUGCUUGGACUGCGGAAAGAGGUUCAGUCAGAGCGCCAAUCUCACAACCCAUGAAAGAAUUCAUACAGGGGAGAAACCCUACCAGUGCUUGGAAUGUGGAAAAAACUUCAGAGAGAGGGGCAAUCUCACGUCCCAUCAAAGAAUUCACAGUGGAGAAAAACCCUAUCAGUGCGUGGAGUGUGGAAAGAGUUUCAGUAAGAGUGCCUAUCUCACAUCCCAUCAAAGAAUUCAUACAGGGGAGAAACCCUACCAGUGCCUGGAAUGUGGAAAGUGCUUCACCUGGAAAGAAAGUCUCACUUCCCAUGAAAUGAUCCAUACAGGGGAGAAACCCUAUCAGUGUUUGGAAUGUGGAAAGAGCUUCAAUAAGAGCACCUAUCUCACUUCCCAUCAAGUAAUUCAUACGGGGGAGAAGCCAUAUCAGUGCUUGGAAUGUGGAAAGACCUUCAGUCGGAGCACCAAUCUCACGGCACAUCAAAGAAUUCAUACAGGGGAGAAACCAUAUCACUGCAUGGAAUGUGGAAAGAGCUUUACCUGGAAAGAAAGUCUCAUUUCCCAUCAAAUAAUUCAUAAAGGUGAGAAACCAUAUCAGUGUUUGGAAUGUGGAAAGAGUUUCAGUGAGAGUGCCCAUCUCACCGCCCAUCAAAUAACUCAUACAAGGGAGAAACCCUAUCAGUGCAUGGAAUGUGGAAAGAGCUUCUGUAAGAGGGCCAAUCUUACUUCCCAUCAGAGAAUCCACACUGGGGAGAAACCCUAUCAGUGCUUGGAAUGUGGAAAGAGGUUUAAUACAAGCACAAACUUCCGCCGACAUCAAAGUAUUCACCGUGGGGAGAAACCUUAUCAAUGCUUGGAAUGUGGGAAGAGCUUCAGCCAGAGCAGCCAUCUCACUUCCCAUCACAGAACUCACAGAAGAGAGGAACAAUAUCAUUUCUCGUAAUGUGGAAAGUGCUUCAGUCAGAACAUCAAUCUCAUGACCCAUAAAACAAUUCAUACAGGGGAGAAACCAUAUCAAUGCUUCUAAUAUGCUAAGAGCUUCAAUCAGAGAAUCCAUCUCACUUCCCACAUUUCCCAUGAAAGAUCUUCCAGAGGAGAGAAUCAUAAAAUUGUAGCAAUGAAUCGACCCUGAGGUUCAUUUACCCCAAUCCCCUCAAGGUUGGAAUCUCAGCUGAAGUAUCUCAGACAGAUGGCCACCCAAUCCAUUGGUGGGAAUUCCCUUCCAGUGUUGAAUAGCUAUUAUGGUAUUGUCUAAUUUCUUGUCUGAUGCUUACUUGGAAUCUCCUUUAUUGUUACUUUAAUCCAUGGCUUCAAGUCCUGCUCCCGGAGCAAGAGAAAACAAGUUUUCUCCAUCUUCCAUGUCUCAGCCCUUUUGAUCUUAGAAGACGGCUAUCGUAUCUCUCUCGGGCUCCAAUUGCAUGUAAAGUUGUAUGCACCUGUAUCAAAGUAAUUCAUAAUGAUAAGUAUAGUAAAUAGUAGAUUUAAGGUACUGUUAGCUAGGGAGGUGGGGCAGGGUGAGUUUGGAAUGCUGGGGUAAGAGGUGAUUGGCUGAGCUUCAAAUGAGGUUUCAAUAAAUACAGUGUCCGAAAAGGAGUCAUAAACAAUGAAUGAAACAUUAAAAAUAUACAAUCAAGCCGAACAAUUUCCACAAGAAUUGCAACAAGAUCUAAAAUAAAGAUACAAAAAUAAAUGUAACAGCAACAGCCUCGCCACCCCGAAAUCCCUAAGCCCCAGAGCCUAUUCAGCAGGCUCAGCCUUUGCAGCUGGAGUCAGUCCAUCAGUCUGGGCCCUCCCAGGCCAGGUGGGAAAAGGCCUGCAAGACUGAGAGCAGGUCUUCUGGAGAUGGCCAAGAUGGUCUCUGGACUCUUCAGUACCGGAAGAGACGGUUCGAGGGUGGAGUGGAGUGUGAGAGUGUGGAGUGUGAGAGGGGUUGUUGUGAAUCAGCCUUAGUUAAAUUAGGAAUAGAUGGACAGCAUUAUAAUACCUGUUGUUACAGUUGUAAUAAAGUGACAAAAAUGGAAAUGGGGACAUUUGAAAGCAUUUGUUUAUGUACACAAAUUUUCAUUGAAACCUUUGUUUAUUUUUUAAAAAGUCAGUUGCAUUCCACCACACACCUCCUUCACUACAUUAGGACUGAAGUGUUCAGGUAAGAGUGGCAAAGGAGAAAACGCAGGUGUUUGGUGAAAGACUCAGCUCACAGCUGUGCACCUUUUACCAGUGUUGAUUUCAAGCCUUUAUUUUAGCGUUUCUUGUCAUGGCCCCAGUCCUGUGGAACAUCCUGCCACUAGAGAUUCAGUAGUUUCCUGCUGUGCCAACUUUUAGCUGCCUGAUAUUUUUGUUUCUAUUCCAUUAAGAGUACACCCCCAAGGGUCUAUUCUUGCUUGUUUUUAAAUUUUAUUUUUGCUGUUAACUUGUUUUAAUUAACUUGCUUUUAAUUCUAAUUUUUAUGAUAUUAAUUGGUUUUAUGUUCUUAUAUUGCUCUAAACUGCUGUGGUAUAUUUUUAUGAUACAGCUGUCUAUAAAUACUUAAAUGAACAAUCCUGUAAGGUAGUUUAGGCUGAGAGACAGUGACUGGCUGGCCCUGAGCUUCGUAGCUGAGAAAUGCUCUCUUACUUCCCAAUCCUCUUAAUAUGACCUGUAAUCCCAUCAUUUUUAAAAUAAAUGAAUAAAUAGAAAUGAUGGCUUUUGCUGCAAAGUGGACAGUUGGCUGCAAAGUGGACAGUUGGCUGCAAGGGUAACUUUUUGCAAUGUCCAUAGUCACAUAUGAAAACCAGACGAGAAUACAGUCCUCAAAACAAUGAAAUGGAAAUAAAAUAUUUCAGAAGUUCGUGAAAAGAUGGAGCUUGGCCCCAAAGACAGUGUCCAUGGUGUUGGGUUCUGCAACUUCCAAAGAGGAAUCUGACACAGUCCAUGUGCUCCUGGACUAGGGCACCCACCUUCUAACCUGGAAUUAAACAACUGGUCACAGAAAUCAUAUGACACCCUUUAACCUGCUUAGCUAUUGGCUGUCCUGUUCCUUAGGUUGAAAAAUCUGAAGCUGGCGGACCUCAAGCGCCACUGAGACUUUGUACACACCUUUCAUUUAAAGCACAUUUCCCCCGGCACACACAACCCACACCUGAAUUUAUUUUAAAUUGUUGGGUGGUGGUUGUUUUUUAAAAAAAAUUCAUUUGGUGCAUUGUGACUUUUGGGGGUUUUUAUAUAGAUGGCUAGACUAGAGAUACUUCGGUGUCAAAGCAGAGUAUCUUAAGAUUUAAUGUUACAAUAGAAAUGUUCCAUUUCAUGUAUGGUAAAGUAUCAUAAAAUUUGUUUGCCUAGUGAAUUCAUGGGAGGGGGAAUCAUUUGUACUAUUCUAUUAAUCUGCUUGCACGGGUUUAAUGUUGUUUGGAGACAAUAACUCUCGGUAAUUUCAUAUUAUCUGUGUGUUUGUGUGUGUUCAGUACACAUAAUUGCAGAUGAGACUAAAUAAAAUGCUUCCUAGAAAAAUCCCUUGGACUGCUGCUGUAGUGUUUCAAAUGUGGCUUCACUUACAGAUAAUAAUAUAUCAUAUUUUUGCAGAAAAAUUACACCAUAGUUGGCUCAUUAAUCUGAAUCCUGACGAACCCUGCUUUCUCCCAAUUUCUUAGGUAGAAAUAACUGAUAAUGAAAAUGAAGGAAAAAGGCACACCCUUUCCCCCAAACAUUUAGAAUCUAGUGAGCAUCAUGGAGAAUUUCAGCACUUAGUCAUGCUUCUGCAAGCUCAGCCGUCUAUAAAAGUGCAAAGUGUAAGUAGAUGAGUUAAAAAUUAAUCCUUUUAAAUAUAAAAGGUAUGUAUUACAGUGCUAAAGUGGCUCCUGCCAGCUGCCUUACAGCUAACUAACCUGGAAAGCUGUUGUGUUAUCUCUAGGGAUCCCUGAGGUUGAACAUUCUGCCUGCCAAGCAGAUGCUCUACUACUGAGCUAUGGUGAUUCCCCAUAUUUGGUGCUGCCACCUGUUUAAAGAAAUCCUGGGCAAGGCAUCAUUUGUCUCUUUAAUGAUGUGUUCUAUGUUGCAAACUGCCCUUUGGUCUUUUGAUGAAUGGUGGUAUCUCAAGGGCAUAAGCCUGGGCAGUGUGUAUGAAUGUCCUAGGCUGCCCAGAUGACAAGACCCCCCCCUCUUGGCCUCGCUGAUGUGGUCCAAAAGAAUGCAGAGCAAUAUGUUUGGCACCUGCUUGGCUGCUGGAAGGAGACAUACAAGACACCGUAGGGAAUCCACGCCAGAUUUGUACAGGGUUUACUCCUUAGCCUUUUCUUCUCCCAAAGGUAUCCCACAAGGCUACAGAUUGUUCCCCAGGAUUUACUUGGCAAGCCUUUCUCACCAAUGAGUACAGCUGCAAGGCAGCAGAGGUUUAGGAUCAGAGUUUUCCUUCUAGAUGGACUACUUUCCCAGGUUGAAAAGCCCCACCUGCUUAUUUCCUUGUGCUGCAUGUGCAGAAACCACCUUCUUAACUGUUGGACCCGCUGUUGGUCUUGACUGCUCAAUCCGGCCGAGCCUGUCUUCACAUGCAGAAGAUAGGCAAGUCCCUAAGUCACCAAGGGUUUAAGACCCAUCAGCUUCCCUCACCUGGUUUAGCAGACCAAAGCCAUUACCCAAGAUGUGGCUACAUUUGCAUACCAACAGCUUCUAGGAGCCACAAACGAGAGCCGAGUGCAGGGUGUGGACCUUGGCUCCAGGGGCCAGGAAAGAGCCAGAGAAAAAAUGCUUCCAAGAACUCUCUGGUGUUGCUGUCAAUCGGGUGCUGUUAGGCCCGAGGAACCAUCAACUUCAGCAAAGUUCACCAAACAGCAAAGAAGCCAUGGUGGACCAGAGGACAGCCCUGUGGGAGACUUUGUGCAAAGUGCCUGGAACUUUUGUUGAACCACAGUGACCGUCCUAGAGUUGUAGCUCCAUCCUAGUACACUUGCUUUGUAUACAGAAGGUCCUCCAUUCAACCCCCAACAUCUCCAGGUAGGGCUAGGAAUGUCCCAUCUUUGAAACCUUGGAGAACGGCUGCAGUCCGUGGAGACAAAUCAGAGCUAGCUGAAGCAAAGGUCUGAGGUGGGAUAAAGGAGCCCCCUAUGAUCCCAUGUCCUUGUCUUUAUGGAAAAACAUGGUAGCAUCAGUGCAAGAGAUGCUUAAACCAAGAAAGGAAUCCCCAGCGGACCAUAGGACCUUGGUGAGAAAUCUCUGAGAGAAGCAGGAGUCCCACUUACACAUUCCCCCAGAGAGAGAAGGGGCUUGCCUGGUGUGGGUCGCCAUGCAUAAGAGAGCCACUGUGGUGUAAUGUGUAGAGCAGCCUUUGUCCACUUUGGGUCCCCAGAUGUUGUUGGACUACAAGUCCCAUCAUCGGGGAUGAUGGGAGUCCUUCUCCCACACUGCAAACUGGGGAGACUCCAGGCUGAGAAAGGCUGGUGGAGGGUGUUGGAUGGACUAGGACCUGGGAGACCGAGGUUUGAAUCCCCACUCUGUCACUGUCUCUUAACCUGACCUACUGCCCUGUGUUGAGCUCCUUGGAAGAAAGGAGGGGAAUGUCAAUAUAAUUAGCUAAUAAAUAAAAAUAAAUAACACAUAAGAAUCUAUUAUCAUCAUUCCAACACAAAGGUGACAGAUUUGAACCAUUUCAUGAACUGCAAUCUAGCAGCUUCAUGCUGCAAUCUCCUUUUGAAAUCCUCUUGCAGAACAAAGGGUCCCAGGAGAAAAGGUAUCAGGAAAGAGUUGUGUUCUCUUCCACUUUAUACUUUAAUAGGCUUUGGCUUGUAGAUGCCCAAAUGAUCAAGUUUAAAAAAAACUUCAUUGCUCAAUUUCUAGGGGCAAUAAAAUUUUAGAAACUUAAGUUUUCAUCUCUGCCCUAGCAGGAAUAUCUUGAGGAGCCACAGUAAACCAGAAUCUUAGAGGAUAUCCCAUUUUUAGAGAGGUGGGUAAAAAAAAGAGAAAUACCCAUUGAUCUACUAUGGUUUCAUGUGGCACAGACCAAGCUAGCAGAAGAGCCAUCUUUGAAUCAACAAGGUAGGUGUAUCUCAAUGCAAGCGUCAGUUUUUUGGUAGGGGAAAUGGCAUAUAAGCCAUGGAUUAAGCUGUAAGCUUCAUUCUUCAGUUUAAAACCAGUUAGAACUAGCACUUCAGGUCCCCCCGCUUCAGAUUUCUACAGUGACAUACGGCACCUUGAGUUCCUUGGAAGAAAGGUGGGAUGUCAAUAUAAUUAGCUAAAUAAUAAAAACAAAUAACACAUGGACAUAAGAAUCUUUUAUCCCUAUUUCAACCAAAGGUGACAGAAUUGAACCAUUUUAAGGAACUGCAACACAGGGGUUUCAUGCUGAAUUCUCCCUCCUUGGAGAACAAAAGGUCCUGGGAGAGAAGGUAUCGGGAAAGAGUUAUGUUCUCUCCCAUUUUAUACCUUAAAAGGCUUCGGCUUGUAAAUCUUCAGAUGAUGAAUGAAGGGCACAAUCAUUCUUCCUGCAACCGCAGCUUUACAACAAGCAUUUGCAAACGUUCUCAGACCAACCCCUUCUCAAUCCCACUGAGAAAGCAUCAAGGUAAGGAGUGAGGGAAGUGGCUCUAGUAUCCCCAUUUGUUUGUUUGCUUGUUUAAUGCAUCCAAAGAAACUGUAACGAGGGCAUAUUAAACAAACUGUGA